AUGACUUCAUUGUCGAUAUCAAUUGACUUUUUGAAAAGUACGAUAGAUGAUUAUGACUUUAAAGAAAGGCCCUUGAUUGUUGGUUUAAGUGGUCCUCAAGGUUCGGGAAAGUCGUAUUUGGCCGAACAUUUACUUUCAAACUUAAAGACAUUAUAUCCUCAUUUAAACAUAGUUCAAUUCCUGAUGGAUGAUUUGUAUCUUACUCAUGAAGAGCAAUCCCAAUUGAAUGAAGUGGCUAAGACUAAAUUGUUAAAUAAUGGCUUGCUUCAAGGUAGAGGUUUACCAGGAACUCAUGAUAUUGCAUUAGGACUUCAAAUUUUCCAACAAUUAAUAGAAUCAAAGAGUAACGGUUCAAGACAUUUACCAGUCAAGAUACCCUUGUAUGAUAAAUCUGCAUUUCAUGGCGAAGGUGAUCGAUACGAUAUAUCCAAAUGGCAAGUGAUUGAAAAGCCAAUAGACAUUAUAUUAUUUGAAGGUUGGUUUAACGGGUUUGAACCUCUUGAUUCUGAUCAAUUGAAACUUUCAUACUUCACUUCUGACCCCAGUGAAAUACUCCAACGUCAUAAACUAUUCCAUUUAGAAGAAAUUAAUCAAACUUUAAAAGAUUAUAGUAAAGUUUGGCGAUUAUUUGAUAAAUUUAUAUUCAUUAAUACUUCAAAUAUUGAUAAUGUCUACACAUGGAGAAUCCAACAAGAACAUGCAUUAAUCAAAGCUACAGGUAAGGGUAUGAGUGAUGAUAAAGUGGUUAAAUUCGUUGAUAGAUAUAUGCCAAUGUAUAAGCUUUAUUAUGAUAGAAUGUGUGAUGCUGGUGCUGUAAAAGCACCAAAUUCAAAUUUAAAACUUAGCAUUGACAUUUCACGAAACGUCCUUUCUCAUCAACUCCUAUGA